GGCGUAACUGGAUAGACAAAUAGUCUGAAGGACACAUACAAAAGAUAUAAGCAACUCGACUACUCGACUGUCAACGACCGGUGUCCUCCAAUUGACACACUGUUCAGACGAGACAAUAAAAGAAAGAUUACGAAAGUACAGACUUCGGCGUUGUGACUAUAAAGUGAGAGACGAGAGUGCCGAUGCCCGAUAGAGCCUGACAUGCCUGAAACUGAGAUUUGCACAUCUGCUGACAAGUCCAAGUGUCAACUACAACUGAUGAACAGAUGAAUUGACUGCGGAAGUGCCGAGUGCGUCUGUUUACUGGUUAUUUAUAAUCAUGAUCAUCCGGUGGUUAUCAGUUAUCAACGUUUAUCAUUAAUUGAUAACCGACCAGUAAAACACUGUGAGAGCAAAAUAGGUAUGUACCUAUUUUAAUUUCUGUUGUUAUUUACCCAAACACCUAGGAAGGUAUAGCUAUAGAUAUUAUUAUUGUGUAAUUACAUUAUGUUAUUCGUGCAAUCGAGCGUUACCGAUUGAUAAGCAGCACCUUCUUGUCGCCUGUUGGACGUUGGAAGGGUAGUGUUCGUUUCAGUACACACUACACCGUGACGCUAUGUGUACCUCGACUGUCCCUCAAAGAUAUUAGCGCCUCAACCACCACUAUGUACUUUACGUUCGGAACGGACAUCGAUCCGUUCCUGGUGAAAAACUUCAACGUGCAAUCUACCAUCGGGUUGGUGACAUUAUGUGUUGGUUUGAUAGCGUUGGCAGUGGUCUUCGAGUCGCUGAAGACUGUACAUUUCAUGACGAGGGUCCAUCGGCGGUUGUUAUGUUGCAGUCAGCCCGAUUGCAAGGAGUUUAUCAAUAAAGAGGCGUUCGUGGUGACGUUUAGAAUGAAAAUUUUUGACUGCUUUAGGACGUUGACUGUUUACAUGUUUCAAAUGUUGGUCGGAUAUAUUUUGAUGUGUGCAAUAAUGACGUUCAAUGGAUACAUCUUUUUUGCUACUGUCGGAGGAUAUGGUUUGGGAUACUGGUUGUUUGGCUUAACAAUGAUGCAUUUGUCAGCAAGGAAUUUACUAAAAUCCCAAGAUGUUCCAAUGAGGUGUAAAAACUGUACUAGAAUCAACAAAAAAGAUACUACUGAAGAUAGUACCAGUACUGAAUUAAGUGAUGAUGCGGUACCAAGCACAAGUUCUGUGGUAGAAGUGGAAAUACAUAAUAGAUCAUAAUUUUAAUGAAAUAUUAUCAUCUAAAAUUUUAAGAAACAUGCUUAAACUUUAAAUUUAUUGUUAAGGUAUUUAAAAUAUUUUUGUAGUUACCAUUGUACCACAAAAUUUUAAUUGCCAAACCAAAGAUAUUAUUUAUCAAUUAAUUAUUAUUAAUUUAAAUCUAUUUUUACUGUUGAUACCAUUAUACAAAUUAUUUUAUUGUAUUGAAUGAAUUGUACAUUGUGAAAUUUUAAAAAAGAUAAGAGUAUUUUAAAUGUCAAUGCAAGGAUAACCAUUUAGAUAACAAUUAGAAAACAAAAAUUUUGCUCAUUGUAAAUGUUCAAUUGGAAUGACAAAACAUGAAUGUAUUGUUUUAAUAACUCGAUAAUAUAAAUUUCCCUAUGAUAUUAUCGUACACUUAUGAUAAAAGAUAUCAUUAUAUUUAAUAAGACGGUUUAUUUUUAUUAGGCUAGUAAAAUUAAUAUACACUUAUUUUAAAA